UUGUCGCUUUCGAAGCAAUGGACAGCCAUUGACACAUGCUGCACUCGCCGUGGAUGCUGAACCACACGACGAUUUAUGUUGACGUCAGAAACAGGACUUGCUGAUGUUAACGAUCGGUUUAUCAGUAAGCUAUUAAACCGCAUUGCCUGGAACUUAACGGAAAAGAAACUUCCAUGUUAGAUUUCGUUUUCGUUAAGUUUCGUUUCCAUGGAAUUCGCUUGGUAUCCUCAGCUGUUUCACGCGUAGAAAGUCAGUCACUGCAGACACAGACAGAUGCCCGGACACAAUGCUGCGUCCGCUCAGCGUAUGGAGCUGGGCCUCUGUGCAAUGCCUGCUCCUCCAAUCGCUUAUUAACCUUUCAGCCUCCGACCCCUCCAACAUCGACGUGUUCUCCCAGGUGGGGCAGGAGGUCAUGCUCCCCUGCCACUGCAGGUCCACCAUAGAUCCAGCCAAGGCCUCCAAACACCCCUACUUGUGGUGGGAGACCCCCAUGGAGAGUGUCUUUGAGCUGGAGGGGCCCCUCCGUUUCGAGGCGCCCAAAUACAGGGGGCGGGUAGACGUGAGGCUGCAGGGUUUCGAGGAGGAGGGCAACUGCUCCCUGCUCCUGCAGGCCGUACGCUUCUCAGAUGCGGGGCUGUACGAGAGCUUCGUACAGGCAGGAGGCAGGAGGAGGAGGUUCGUCAGGAGCGUGGAGCUCAACGUCAGGGAUCACAAGGACAGCAAAACUCUGGCAGAAGGAGAACGCCUUCAUCUGAAGCUCCACACCACCCAGGAUGUGACCGUGGUGUUCCGGGGGAAGGACGGCAAGGCGGGCGAAAUUUGGCGGAGGUGGGGCGAGGGUGAGGGCAAGGCCGUCGGCGGCAGGCAGGGACGUCUGGUGGAAAGGGAGGGGGCGCUGAUCCUUUCGGAGGUGAAGCUGGAAGAUUCGGGGACCUACAGGGUGCUGGACCCUCAGGGGCUGGCCGUUAGCACUCUUCUCCUCACCGUGGAGCCAGAAGCUGAGCCCAUGCAGCCGGCUGAGAGAGAAGAUGCUCAUUCAAGUGCGGGCAGAGCAAGCAGCACAUCGCCCAUCAUAAGCGCCCUCAUGCUCUUCAGCUACUUCUGUCUGAAACUCUGAAACAAAAAAUGACUUAUUUUUACUAUAUUCCACUAAAACAUUUCAAUUUUCUGGGGUGAUUUUGGGGUAAUCUUGUCCUUCUCUACUGGAGGUGCCUCUUUCAUCUGGAUGCAAACGCACGUGAGACUGGGUGAUCAUCGAUUUGUUUUAAUGUGGCCAAGGCAUGGGGUAAGUUUUGUGGAAUUUGAUACUGAUUUCAUAUGCCUGUCCUCAGAAUUAUAUUAGUGGAUGUUCAGUUAAUGUUCUUUGUGAUUUACUUUGUGUAUCGGUAUUUUUAGUCGGCUAGGUAAGCAGUGUUUGGAUAGUUAAGUUUGGUCACUUUUGCUUUGUUGUUUGUUUGUUUGUUUGUUUAUUUGCUCGUAAAAAAAAAGAAAUUCAAAUAGGCCCUCGUCCUUGGUCCUGGUCUCUGUUGUACAGGUAGCAGUUGAAAUUGUACUUCCCUCUAGGUUCUUUCAGCGCACUUAUCCCUGGUUAUGGAUAUGCACUUUGCACUUUGUUGUACGUCGCUCUGGAUAAGAGCGUCUGCGAAAUGCCAUUAAUGUCAUGUAAUGUUAUGUAAGACUAAGGCUGGGUAUUUUUCACAGAUAAUAUUGACUGAAGUUGCAAGUAGUCAUGGGAGAACAAUGGAAAAAAUCACAGCACAAAAACAAAAAAAUCCCGACAUAUUCAGCAAACAAUAUGAAUAUGCUGGGACUGGUCCGGGCCCCCGUAAGCACCAGACAAGGGACACCUUCCACCUCACUCUCCAGCACAGAUUAUACACUGCACCUAUUCAGCAGGCAAAAUGCAAGUGUAUGCAAGUGUUUUUCAGCGUAUUUCUUGUUUGUGAAUGUAUAAAUGUAUAUAUAAUAAAUAAAAAAAAUGUGAUGAUUAA